AUGAGGCCUGGUGGCAAGGCAGCAGCCGCAUGGCGCAUCCUGUUGUUGUCCCUCUUCUGGACGACGGCCUUUGCCAAGGAUGAACCGUCAAUAAAGGUCAAUAAGUUCCAGAAUCCACCCUUGAACUUGAACUACUUUGAAGACAGCGAUGUUGUUGUCUUCGAGGACAAGGUGGAAGGAAAUGUCUACCGAUCAGCAGACGCCGGCGUCUCUUGGAAGCGAGUCGAUGCUAUCCCCGAUGGCGCAACUUACGAGCUCAUCAUGCACCCGUUCGACAGGAAGCGAGCCUACGUUAUUACGCCUAGCAAGACUCAAUUCCGAACUGAAGAUCGAGGCGAAACGUGGACCAAAUUCAACACCAAGGCUCUGCCAAGCAAAUAUCAAUCGGAAAUUCUAAGUUUCAACGCUGGAGAUCCCGACCGAAUCAUUUUCAAUGCAAUGGACUGCGAUAGGUUAUUCUGUGACGAACAGUCGAUGUACACGACCGACGGUUUCAAGACUACCAAGGCUCUUCGUGUCAACACCGCAGGUUGCUGGUGGGCGAAGUCCACUGCCGAAUUUGUCACUGGCGAUGCAGAAAAGGACAAAUCGCGAGUACUCUGCAUUGUUCGAGACUCUUUAUCCUUCUUUAGGCAAGAACAGAAAAUUGUCAUCUCCGACAGCUUUUUCGCGGUUGAGGACAAACAUAUCCAAGAAUUCGAGCCCAACAUCGACAUGAACAAAGGCGUUGCCGGAUCUCUGAGCUUGGCAGCGGUGAAGAAAUAUAUAGUCGUCGCUACCUCGUCCCCGCGCAGUGACGAGAUGGCUCUAUUUGUAACCGAUGACACAUUAAAGUGGCACCGCGCCAUGUUCCCAAAGGACGAUAAACACGAUCAUUCUCACAGGAUCAACCAAGGCGCAUACACUGUGCUGGAAAGCACAAACUACAGCAUUCAGAUUGACGUCAUGACAUCUCAUCCAUCACGCCCCAUGGGUGUUUUGUUUACCAGCAACUCCAACGGCACAUACUUCACCGAAAAUAUCCCCUACACCAACCGCAACCCAAAGGGCAACGUUGACUUUGAAAAGAUCUCUGGGAUUCAGGGUAUCUUUCUUGUGAAUACGGUCAAGAAUGGCCCUCAAGUCGAUAAGGAAAGGAAGAAAAAGAUUGUGGUCACCGACAUCACGUUCGACGAUGGCCGUACCUUUUCGCCAAUCAAAUCCGGUGACGACAGGCUGCAUCUCCAUUCCGUUACAGAGCUUGAUAAUAUGGGCCGCGUUUUCUCCAGCCCUGCCCCAGGCUUGGUUAUGGGCAAUGGCAAUACUGGUGAAGCCCUCGGAAAAUUCGCCGAUGCCAAUCUGUAUGUCUCUGACAAUGCCGGAUCAACCUGGAAGAAAGCUUUGGAUGGGCCGCACAAGUGGGAAUUUGGCGACUCAGGUUCCAUCUUACUAGCCAUCAAGGACUCGGGCAAAACAGAUAUCAAAGAGUUCUCAUAUUCACUCGACCACGGAGAUAACUGGAAAAGCGUGCCUCUGCCAGACGAUCUAAGCAUUAAGCCAGACCUAUUGACGACCACACAAGAUUCUACCAGUCUCAAGUUCUUGCUCUUGGGCGAAAGGGAUCGCACCUAUCACAUGAUUGCUAUCGACUUUGAUGGGCUCAAGGAACGGAAGUGUGAGGACAAGGACAUGGAAGACUGGCACGCCAGGGUUGACAAGGACGGCAAACCUACCUGCCUCAUGGGUCACAAGCAGACAUAUUCCCGUCGCAAGAAGUCGGCUGAUUGCUUCAUCAAGAAAACAUUUGAGGACCCUGUACCCAAGAUGGAGAAUUGCGAAUGCACUGAUGCCGACUUCGAGUGCGACUAUAACUUCCAGAGAGACAAUGACAAGUGCGUGCAGGCUGGCCCUAUCCCCUCAUCUGAGGAAGAAUGCAAGAAGAAUCCAGAAGGCACCUUUAAAGGCUCAUCGGGAUGGAGACUCAUCCCAGGCAACACGUGUAAAAGAAAGAGCGGCAAGCAAAAAGAUGACAAGGUUGAACGCAAGUGUUCAGAGAGUGAUACAAAACCCUCACAGCCUCCGGCCACGGGCGAAAUUGCUACCAAGCAGAACGUCUUUGACUUUAGCCACAACGGAUUUCAAAAACUGUACCUCGAAAAGGGCGAAGCCAGCUCCUCCACUGAUGAGACAGUCAUUGUGUGGCCAACAUCAGAUGGCAGUCAAAUCUGGAUAUCACAGGACCAUGGCAAGAAAUGGGAAGAGGAACUCAAGGGAGAGAAAAUUACUGGCAUAUUUCCUCACGAUUACUUUAACGAUGUUGUAUACUUUACCACCAAGUCCGAAAAGAUCAUCUAUACCAUCGAUCGUGGUCAAAACUUCCAUACCUUCAAGGCGCCGACUAAACCAGCCGCAGGCACCAUGCCAGUCGCAUUCCACCCAGACAAGAAGGACUGGCUACUGUGGAUGGGAGAAGCCUGCGACAAGGUUGGAGGACAGAAGAGUUGCUUUACCGAAGUAUCACUUUCAAAAGACCGGGGUGACAACUGGAAGACUCUGCAACGCUACAUCCAGUCUUGCGAGUUCACUGGCAGUGCUGCGUAUAAUUUCAGAGACGAGAAACAGAUCCUUUGUCUAGUCAACACGGAGGAACGAUCGGAAUCGAACCUCACUAUCAUUACCAGUGACAAUUUUUUCGACGACGAACCCGUCAAAUUUGGUGGGCAAGUGAUUGGUUUUGGGACAAAGUCAGAAUUCAUCGUUGCCAAGGUUAUGGACCCCAAAACCGGUGCUGCGCGCGCCGUUGCGAGCAUUGAUGGCAAAAAAUUUGAGGAUGCACAUUAUCCGCACAACUUUCACGGUGGUCACAAUGACGACUUUACUUUGCUAGAUAGCUCUACUCAUGCUGUCAAUCUUUUUGUCCGUUCAGAAGCUGGGGCUCAGCGGCAUUUUGGCUCUAUUAUCAAGAGUAAUUCCAACGGAACAUCAUACGUCCUCAGCGCAGCGAAUGUCAAUAGCGACGAAAAGAAUUUUGUCGACUUUGAGAAGAUUUCCGGAAUAGAAGGCGUGUCCUUGAUCAACGUGGUCACCAAUACGGACAAGAAGGAGAAAACAAAGAUAUUGCAGACCAAGAUUUCUCACAACGAUGGAUCACAAUGGAAAUACUUGCCGCCGCCUGCAAAGGACGCCGACGGCAAGUCUUACUCCUGCAGCAGCUCCAGAGGGGACAGUAAAUGCGCACUUCACUUGCACCACUACACGGAGCGUGACAACAAGGGCCGGACAUUUUCUGCUGAAACAGCCGUGGGAUUCCUUUUCGGCGUCGGCAAUGUUGGGUCCAGCCUCGGUGACGUCAAGGACGCCGAUACCUUCUUGAGUACCAAUGGGGGUAUCAGUUGGACGAAUGUCAAAAAGGGCCGUUGGACCUGGCAGUAUGGUGAUCAAGGAUCCAUCAUUGUUCUUGUGCAGCGAGCCAGUGCCAAGAAUAAGGUCAAGACCAAGAUUGUAUCCUACUCGGUUGAUGAAGGCAAGACUUGGAAAGACAAGGAGUUCUCCGAGAGUGAAGUGACUGUUGAGGACAUUACCACACUCAGAUCGGGGACCUCUCGAAACUUCCUUCUAUGGUGCCGAGAUGACAAGGACAGGAUGAUGACGGUGAAUCUCGAUUUCACUGGACUCGCCGACAAGCCUUGCAAGUACAACAAGGACUCUCCAGCCGAAUCUGACUACAUUCUCUGGACACCACAACAUCCACUGCAAACGGACAACUGCCUAUUCGGUCACGAGUCUAAAUAUCUCCGCAAGAAAACCGAUCGCAAGUGCUACACGAACCAGGACCUCAAGCGCCUGGUGGAGGCCCAGAACUGCCCUUGCAAACGAGAGGACUUUGAGUGCGCUUACAACUUUGAAUUGGAAGAUUCAGAGGCACAACAGUGCAAAUUAGUCAAGGGCUAUGAACCCCUGUCAGGCAAAGAGUGGUGUUCCAAGAAUCCAAACGCAACUUCAUACUUUGACCCAACAGGAUACCGUCGCAUCCCACUCUCUACAUGUGUUGGUGGCAGGGAACUGGACAAGGCGUCGGAGGAGCAUCCGUGCGAAGGUCACGAGGACGAGUUCGAGAAGAAGCACCGAACCUCUGGGGUAGCCAUCUUCUUUGCAGUGGUUAUACCGUUUGCAUUGGCUGGGGCCAUUGGUUUCUAUGUAUACCGCAACUGGGAUGGAAAAUUUGGCCAAAUUCGGCUGGGCGACACGUCGUCAACCUUUGACAGCGACCGACCUUGGGUAAAGUAUCCCGUCAUUGCGGUUUCGGCCAUUGUGGCAGUCGUGGCAACGCUCCCUCUUCUCGUUGGUGGUUUGUGGCGAUCUGCAACGGGCUCAUAUGACCGAGUCAGGGGCGGCAGCGGGCGAGGCUGGUUCUCAGGUGGGAACCGACGAUUCACGACCAGAGACAGCUUCGCACGUGGCCGCGGCGACUAUGCCAUUGUUGACGAGGACGAAGGAGAACUGUUAGGCGAAGACAGUGAUGAAGAGGUUUGA